AUCGUCUCUACAACUUCAGCUUGACAGCGUCGUGUCAUUCCCACAGAUUCUAGUCAACGAUGGCGUCCGGAAUAGCAAUUGCCCCUCCUCACUUUGACGAGCGAAAGAUAGAUUCGCUGAAGGCGUAUCGAGCUAAAAUGCAGGAGCAUGAGAACAUGAGUGAAGGCCUCAAGAAUCUACGAUUCUCCUUGCGGGAUCUGGAGAAGGAUUUCCAGAAGACUGAGGAUGAUAUCAAAGCAUUACAAUCUGUGGGCCAGAUCAUUGGCGAGGUGUUGAAGCAACUUGAUGCGGAUCGCUUCAUCGUCAAAGCAUCUUCCGGCCCUCGUUACGUUGUCUCGUUCCGCCCCACACUUCCCAUUCACAAGCUCAAGCCUGGCACCCGUGUUUCGCUCGACAUGACAACCCUUACUAUCAUGCGCAUUUUGCCACGAGAAGUUGACCCCAUGGUGUACAACAUGAGUUUGGAGGACCCGGGUGGAGCGAGCUUUGCAGGCAUUGGAGGGUUGAGUGAGCAAGUGCGGGAGCUGCGGGAGGUAAUUGAGCUGCCAUUAAUGAACCCCGAACUGUUCCAGCGGGUUGGCAUCAAGCCUCCGAAAGGUGUCUUGUUGUACGGGCCACCGGGAACGGGCAAGACCUUGCUAGCACGUGCUGUAGCAGCAACGAUGUCCACCAACUUCUUGAAGGUCGUUUCUUCCGCCAUUGUUGACAAGUACAUUGGAGAGUCUGCGCGGUUGGUGCGAGAGAUGUUCGGCUAUGCAAGAGAACAUGAACCGUGUAUCAUCUUCAUGGACGAGAUCGAUGCUAUCGGAGGGAGGCGGUUCAGCGAAGGCACCAGUGCGGAUCGAGAAAUUCAAAGAACUCUAAUGGAGCUUCUCAAUCAAAUGGACGGUUUCGACUCCCUGGGGCGAACAAAGCUCAUCAUGGCCACCAACCGUCCUGAUACACUAGACCCUGCUUUACUCCGGCCAGGUCGGCUCGACCGCAAAAUUGAGAUCCCUCUGCCUAAUGAACAGGGUCGUCUCGAGAUUUUGAAGAUUCAUGCUGCUGGCGUGAACAAGGGUGGCGAGAUUGACUUCGAUGCAGUUGUCAAGCUGAGCGAUGGGUUCAAUGGUGCCGAUUUGAGAAAUGUGUGCACAGAGGCGGGGAUGUUCGCAUUAAGAGAGGAUAGGGAGUAUGUGACUCAGGAGGACUUCAUGAAGGCGGCGAGGAAGGUUGGGGAGGCAAAGAAGCACGAGACGAAAAUCGAGUACAAUAUGUGAUACCCC